AUGGGGCUCAUUGCGGACACGAAGCAGGCGAUUCGGGAUUCUCCCAAGGGGAUGUUCAAUUGGGUUUCGAUGAAGCUAACACUUACCCCUCGAAAUGGAAAAGGAAAUAUUGCCUCAAUCGUUGUGCAAAGCCACUUCAGGAAGGUUUUCGGGGUGGCCAAAGAGACCGAUGAGCAAUAUGCCAAUACAAAAGGUUGGCUGGUCUCUAUUGCCACUGCCGGUGCGGUCUUUGGAUGUUUAGGGUGUCUUCCCAUGACCGACAAGAUAGGACGUCGAUGGACGUUGCUUAUUGCAACUGUCAUCUACAUGGCCGGUGUUCUCGGACAGGGUCUCAAUGGUGGAAGCCUAUCUGGCAUGUACGCCUCCCGGUUCAUCGCAGGAAUUGGCAUUGGCGCCACAACUGUUAUUCCCCCGAUGUACAUCACUGAGAUCGCCCCUAAAGCCAUUCGAGGACUCCUUACUCUCCAAUAUGCCGCCUGUCAACAACUCGGCGUCGUCUUCGGCUUCUUCAUCAACUACGGAGUAACCAAAAGCUACGCCGGAACAAACACACAAUGGAUGCUUCCGACUCUACUGCAACUCAUCCCAGCCGCCAUCUGGGGUCUCGGCAUCUUCCUGUGCCCCGAGUCUCCACGCUGGCUUUUGUACAUCGGUCAACGGGAGAAAGCCAUGGCCAACAUGGCAAAACUGCGCCAUCUCCCCAUCGACCACUCAGUCCUCCUCGCUGAAAUCGCAGGCAUGGAUGCACGAAUUCUCCAUGAAACGGAGGCAGUGGGCAACUCGAGCUUAUUUGAUCUACUCAAAGAAACUCUUGUCCCUGUCAAAAACAGACGUCGUUUCUUCCUCAUCUUCAUGGCGACGCUCUUCUCGCAAUGGUGUGGUGCGAAUGCUAUCACCCAAUACUCGCCAACUAUCUUCGGGUACCUGGGUAUCUUAGGCGAUGAGUCCAAGUUCCUGGCAACUGGUAUCUACGCCAUCGUCAAGUUCGUGAGCACACUAGGUUUCGCGCUCUUCGUGGUCGAUUUCAUCGGUCGACGCCGGUCGCUUAUGACAGGCAUUUGUCUCCAGAUUGUAACUCUGGCCUACGUUGGUGGUUAUCUGGGUGGAACGAAGGACAUGACUGCAAGCCAAAUUGUCCACUCGUCAUCUGCUCCCCACGCAGCGACUGGUGCGAUAGUAGCAAUCUACUUCCACGCCGUAGCAUGGAGCAUCGGCUGGUUCAGCAUCCCCUACCUGAUUGGCUCUGAGAUUUUCCCGACAAAGAUCCGUUCAUUCAAUAUGUCUAUUGCCAUGAUGUUUCACUGGGCCUUCUACUUCGGUUGCUCGCGUGCCAUGCCUAGCCUACUCGCCGCGAGCCAAAAAUGGGGUGCUUUCGUCUUCUUCGGGAUCAUCUGCUUGAUAUCCUUGAUUUACGUUUACUUUGCUAUGCCGGAUACAACCGGACGCUCCCUCGAAGCUCUGGAUGAUCUCUUUCUGCGGCCUUGGUACACAGUCCGCCGUGUGGCUUAUCCUGAAAAGGACGAGAUCCAGAUUGAGCAGCUCGGUAAGCGGGAUCUGGCUCCUCGUGCGGAACAUUGCGAAGAGGCUUGA